AUGAUCAUGAGAGGUGUGAGAGAAUUGCUGCUCUGUGUGUUGACUGUGGGGGUUGUCAAAGUUUCUUGUUACCCUGUUGGAAAGUCCCAGAAGCUAGAGCAAGUCUCUCUGCAGAGGAGACUUGGAGAGCUGUCAUCAAAUGACGUCUCCAUUGUGCAUGCCCUGGCCUUGCUCCGAUCCAUAGGGUCUGACGCUAAACAAGACAGAAGGUACGAGUAUUUCGAGACUAAUGAAGUAGAAUCCCAAGCUUCUCCAAACCACGGUAGCUCUACGGCAAAUGAUGCCCUGUCCUCUGACGACGCUACCUCUGAAGCUGCCACUGGCCCGUCUGACGACGCUACCUCUGAAGCUGCCACUGGCCCGUCUGACGACGCUACCUCUGAAGCUGCCACUGGCCCGUCUGACGACGCUACCUCUGAAGCUGCCACUGGCCCGUCUGACGACGCUACCUCUGAAGCUGCCACUGGCCCGUCUGACGACGCUACCUCGGCAGCUGCGACCGGCCAGUCUGACGACGCUACCUCGGCAGCUGCGACCGGCCAGUCUGACGACGCUACCUCGGCAGCUGCGACCGGCCACUCUCCGGCAAAUGAUGCCCUGUCCUCUGACGACGCUACCUCUGAAGCUGCCACUGGCCCGUCUGACGACGCUACCUCUGAAGCUGCCACUGGCCCGUCUGACGACGCUACCUCUGAAGCUGCCACUGGCCCGUCUGACGACGCUGCCACUGGCCCGUCUGACGACGCUACCUCUGAAGCUGCCACUGGCCCGUCUGACGACGCUACCUCUGAAGCUGCCACUGGCCCGUCUGACGACGCUACCUCUGAAGCUGCCACUGGCCCGUCUGACGACGCUACCUCUGAAGCUGCCACUGGCCCGUCUGACGACGCUACCUCUGAAGCUGCCACUGGCCCGUCUGACGACGCUACCUCUGAAGCUGCGACCGGCCAGCUGGGCGAAGAUGGAACUAAUGAAGUAGAAUCCCAAGCUUCUCCAAACCAUGGUAGCUCUCCGGCAAAUGAUGCCCUGUCCUCUGACGACGCUACCUCUGAAGCUGCCACUGGCCCGUCUGACGACGCUACCUCUGAAGCUGCCACUGGCCCGUCUGACGACGCUACCUCUGAAGCUGCCACUGGCCCGUCUGACGACGCUACCUCUGAAGCUGCCACUGGCCCGUCUGACGACGCUACCUCUGAAGCUGCCACUGGCCCGUCUGACGACGCUACCUCUGAAGCUGCCACUGGCCCGUCUGACGACGCUACCUCUGAAGCUGCCACUGGCCCGUCUGACGAAGCUGCCACUGGCCCGUCUGACGACGCUACCUCUGAAGCUGCCACUGGCCCGUCUGACGACGCUACCUCUGAAGCUGCCACUGGCCAGUCUGACGACGCUACCUCUGAAGCUGCCACUGGCCCGUCUGACAACGCUACCUCUGAAGCUGCCACUGGCCAGUCUGACGACUCUAAAAUGCCGUGGACCAGGUAA